CUCCCAGCUACCGGGACAAUGGCGCUGUGCGAGGCGGCCGUGUGCGGAAGCUCUCUGCUCUGGCCUCGGGUGUUGCUCUUCGGCGACUCCAUCACCCAGUUUUCUUUCCAGCAGGGUGGCUGGGGAGCAUCACUGGCUGACAGGCUGGUCAGAAAAUGCGAUGUUCUGAAUCGUGGAUUUUCAGGUUACAAUACCAGAUGGGCGAAAAUUAUCCUCCCGAGGCUAAUCCGGAAGGGGAACAGUUUGGACAGCCCAGUAGCAGUUACAAUUUUCUUUGGUGCCAAUGACAGUGCGCUAAAAGGUGAGAACCCCAAGCAGCACGUCCCCCUGGAGGAGUACGCGGCGAACCUGACGGCCAUGGUGCGCUACCUGCAGUCUGUGGACGUGCCCGAGAGCAGGCUCAUCUUCAUCACGCCGCCACCGCUCUGUGAGGCCGCGUGGGGACAGGAGUGCCUCGGGCAAGGGUGCAAAUUAAAUCGCCUCAACUCGGUCGUUGGUGAAUAUGCCAGGGCGUGUUUACAAGUAGCCCAAGACUGUGGGAUUGAUGCACUUGACCUGUGGACCCUGAUGCAGAAGGACAGUCAGGACUUUUCUUCCUAUUUGUCAGACGGACUACAUUUAUCACCAAAAGGAAAUGCGUUUUUGUUCUCCCAUCUUUGGCCUUUGAUAGAGAAGAAAGUCUCUUCCCUGCCUUUGCUGCUCCCUUACUGGCGAGACAUAGCAGAAGCAAAACCGGAACUGAGUCUUCUGGGAGAUGGGGACGACCAGUCACAGAAAACCAAGUCCAGCUGUUAAUCUACAGAACAGGAAGUCGCCAGUGCACAAAGACCCCAAGAUAAGUGGUCAGAGAUUCUUUUCUCCAGUUUAAACCUUUGCUCAUGACCCUGCAAUAAACAUCACAAACACCUGCCACCAAGAUUAGUAAAAGCAUUGGAGCUUUUCAGGACAGCUUUGUACCUGGAGGUACAUCGUGGUUGAUCAUAAGUGUUGAUUGAUUGAUGCAGGUGUCACCAGAGCUACAGCUACAAGAUACACCCUGAGCGGCCUGAUACACCCUGAGCGGCCUGUGAGUUUUAUAAAUGGAAAAAAGG